UUUUUCAAAAUGAUGCAAAAUAAAUAUAACAACGAUUGAUACUCUUUCUAACUCUUAAAAGAAAAUUGCAAAUUUUGUAUGUUUGAUACUCUAUGAAAAUUGUGCAUCCUUACAUCAUUACAUGUGCUGCUGUCUGCUGCUAUUCUUAAAAAUCUGUCAAGAGGUUAUCAGUUACCAUUUACCAAAAGUGGUUAAGCCAUAUACAUCAAUGUAAAAAGGGUAUCUUCUUGGACGCAAGGUUUUAAAGUAUAAAAGCCAAGGUUUUAAAGUAAAAAGCCAUCCAUGCAGAUGAACCGGAGGUAAUUCAAAAGACUUACGUAAUCAGAAUUAGUAUGGCAAAAAUGUCUAAAGAAAAUAAUGGCAAUGGCAAUUUGCAUAUUGCAAUGUGCCCAUGGUUUGCUUUUGGUCACAUUACCUCAUUUCUUCAUUUAGCAAACAAACUAGCUGAGAAGGGUAACAAAAUCUCUUUUUUCCUUCCUACCAAAACCAAACUCAAAUUUGUCUCUCACAACCACCACCCACACCUUAUUGAUUUGAUUCCCAUCACCGUCCCAGCUGUUGAUGGGCUUCCCAUUGGAGCUGAAACAACUGCAGAUGUGUCUGACUCUAACCGGCACCUUAUAAUGUCUGCCGUAGAGCGAAUCCCAGAAACAAUUGAUACCCAUCUCUCAAAUCUUAAACCUGAUUUCGUGUUUUUUGACUUUGCUGAAUGGGUACCAAAAAUAGCCCGUAAACACCAGAUUAAGUCUGUAUUUUAUUCCACAGUCUACUUGUCGACGGUUGCUUACUUGCUCCCUCAACCAAGGAAUCUUCCUAUCAACUGCUUCACAGAGGAAGAAUUAAAGCAGCCACCACCAGGAUAUCCAAUGCCAUCCAUCAGGCUGCAAGCCCAUGAGGCUCGUAGUCUAGCAAACUCAUCUAAAACGGUAUUCGGAGGUGAAGAGAAAUCACUAACACUAUUGGAAAGAGUGGAAGUAGCUUUCAAAGAAUGUGAUGCUAUUGGCGUCAAGACUUGUAGAGAGAUGGAAGGGACUUAUUGUGAUUAUGUCGAAAAGCAUUUAAAAAAACCAGUGCUGCUAGCUGGACCAGUGGUGCCUCAACUGCCUGAUGAUGAACUUGAUGAGAAUUUCAAGACUUGGUUACAGGGUUUUGGUAAAGACACUGUGCUGUAUUGUGCACUUGGGAGCGAAUCUUCACUUGCAAUUCAUCAGUUUCAAGAGCUUGUUUUGGGACUCGAGCUCACAGGCAUGCCCUUCUUGGCCGCCCUAAAGCUUCCUGAUGAUUGCCUCACACUUGAGUCAGCCUUGCCUGACGGGUUUGCAGAAAGAACAAAGGGGAGAGGAAUAGUUCACAUUGGUUGGGUUCAACAACACCUUAUUUUGCAACAUCCCUCAGUGGGAUGCUUCAUAACACAUUGUGGAGCUGGUUCUUUAUCAGAAGCUAUGGUGACCAACUGUCAACUUGUCAUGUUACCUCUUGUUGUGGAUCAAUCUGUCAAUGCAAGGAUGAUGAGCUUCGACUUGAAACUCGGACUCGAGAUUCAAAAGAGAGACGAAGACGGUUUCUUUACUAAAGAAGCACUUUGUAAGGCAGUCAUGAUUGUUAUGGACACACAGAAUAUAUUGGGAAAACAGCUGAAAACUAACCAUACAAAAUGGAAGGAAUUUUUGCUCAAACAAGGGGUUGAAGAUGCUUACAUCACUGCCUUCAUUCAUAGUCUUCAACGUCUUCUCACAUCAUGUUAAACUUCUCACAUUAUAUGUUUCCAAACUUUAUUAUUUAAUGUUCGUUGCAAAAACUAAUCUUUAAUAAAACUAGUAUGAUAUCAUAGCAAUUUACAAACAUUAUAGUAGAUGCAAAAAUAAUUAGCUGGUGAUCAAGGUAUUAUGAAUUAUGAAAAUUGAAAAUGAUUGAAUGGGGUAACAGUGAAUGUAACACUCGGAUUGUUUUUAUGGCCAAGUUGAUAUAUGCA